AUGGCUUCCGGGCUCAAAUCUUUUGCCGUUAUAUCUAAGUGGCUUCUUCUUGCGCUGCUGCUGAAGGCCGUCUGUGCUGCAAGCCUUAGUUACAACGGCCUUGCUCAAACACCUCAAAUGGGCUGGGAUACCUACAACGCCUAUGGCCUUGCAUACAACGAAUCCACAAUCCUUACCAACGCCGAACGACUAGUCUCCCUUGGAUUCCGUGACCUAGGCUACCGCGUCGUCAUCUUUGACGAUGCCAUGACGGAGCUCGAUCGCAGUGCCAAUGGGACCUUGAUUGCGAACGCAGCCAAAUUUCCCUCAGGACUCCAGAACAUAGCGAACCAGCUCCACGGUUAUGGCCUGUAUUUUGGAGUGUAUAGUAGUGCGGGCAAAUAUACCUGCGGAGGAUACCCCGGAAGCCUAGGAUAUGAGACUCAGGAUGCGGCAUGGUGGUCAAGCAUGGGUGCAGAUUAUCUGAAAUACGACAAUUGUUACAACGAAGGCCUUUCGGGCACGCCAAAGUUGAGCCAAGAUCGAUAUGCUGCGAUGUCGAACGCUUUGAACGGGACGGGACGGGAUUUUGUAUACUCGUUGUGUAACUGGGGAGACGAUAAACCUUGGGAGUGGGCAUCCACAAUAGCCAACAGUGCCCGUAUCUCCGGCGAUAUCCAAGACAGCUUCUCCAUGCCUACAACGUCGUGCCCCUGUGGUCCUGACGAGUACUACUGCCAGCUUCCUGGCUAUGGCUGUUCGGUGAUGAACAUCCUCGGCAAGGCCAGCCCUAUCCGCAGCAAAACCCAAGCGGGAUACUAUAACGACCUGGACAUGCUCGAGGUAGGCAACGGCGGCAUGAGCUACGACGAAUAUAAAGUCCACUUUAGCAUGUGGGCGGCCAUCAAGUCUCCGUUGAUCAUGGGGAACAAACUCGACCAGCUUUCCCCCGAGGAUUAUGCCAUCCUGAUUAACCCGGCGGUGCUGGCCAUAUCGCAGGACCCCAGCAUCAGUGCUGUCUCCAGGACAGUCAGGCAGCAGGUCGACGACACGGACGCGUGGGGGUUUGGAGAAAUCCAAGUGUGGCAAGGAAGCCUGAGCAAUGGCGAUCAGGUGGUCGCCUUCCUCAAUGCGGGCAACAACUCGCGCAUCAUGUCCUAUAGCCUUGUCGACGUCUUCGGUGGCCUCCGCACGAACACAAAUGCCCAAAAGAGCUGGGACCUGUUCGAUGUCUGGGGUAACCAGACGGUCAUGAGCACCGAGGUGGCGGCACAGGUGUUGAACGGCACGCUUGCGGUGGGGAACGCGACGGGAUAUUACAAUGCCAGCGAGACGAGUUGGGCAACGGGGUUGAACCAGAGCAAUCCUCUCUUGAUCGGCACGCUGGUUGGGACGGUCCGUGGCGGGGGGAUGUUGCAGGCACAGGUGCCUAGGCAUGGGAUUCAGAUGUGGCGGUUGAGACAGGCUGCAGGGACCAGGACAAAGCGAGACGAGCUGUAA